GAACAGGCAUCCGAUGUUACAAACAGCGUAACGAAAGACAACGCGAUCCAGUCGCAAUGAACCAGAGUAAGAGAAACGAGAAAAAAGUGUAGAAAAAAAAGUAUUCGUGCUGAAAGACAGUUCAACGGUUCCAGUGAGUCCAGUGAGGGAAUAUACGACGUUUCCGAGCGGGUUCCUACGUCAAAAUGUCGCUAUAGGCGCCAACGCGGAUUCUCGAGUCGUGUAUAACGCGCUAUUCUGUCCGGGGGUGGUGUUAGGUUUUCGAGAGAGACCGGUCACUGAAGAAAUUGUGAAAAAUGGUUUCAACCCGCCAGUCGAGUAACAUGGGUGGUGGUAGUGGUGGAAGUUCAGUCGGUGAAGGAGUCUGCGAGCCAGGACCUUCACGGAGGCAACAACCUCAAGUACAGCCCGGAUUGACUCGUCAGUUGGCGAUGAUGUCAUCUGUGCGAAAUUUAAAUUUACUCGAUUUACCACCCGAAAUACUUGAAAAGAUAUGCUCCUUUUUGGAUUACAAUACAGUGGCUCACUUGCGUCCGGUCUGCCAUCAAAUGGAUCGUAUUUGUGGCUCCAUAUUGAAUUCCACUUUUCAACGGCUUCAAGCCCAAAUGCUCAGUCGUUUUCAAUCUAUAAAAGCUAAAAUGCCAAGAAGAGAAUCGGCUAGACGCAAUCAUCCAUUGGCUUGCGAAUCUGAUAUUAUUGAAACUCUACACAUGCGUCUAACUCUACUCCACAUGAGUUUUGGCAAGCACAUAGAAAGAAAACACUGCUGUUUCUUUCCCGGCGAGAUCUUGGACGAGGUAUAUCGUAUCUUGCAUUACAUAAAAGUAACUCCAAAACUUGCCAGACCUUACAAAGUAACGGACGAACUUUUUGAUCUAAGUACCAUGGCAAUGGAGUACUUUAAAGAGUGGAUUGAGCCGACUCUUCCAGAAAUACCGUACUUCGGUGCAGAUUUUCUCGAUCUCGCGGGAACAUUUUCUUCGCCGGGUACCGUGAGUAAACCCUUUAUGUGCCUCGAUUCACCACCGUUGAGUAUCGGUGGUGCAAAAUCUGGAAGUGCGAACGGUGACGAGGCUUCGUCACCGCACUCUUCCGACGAGCGGUCUCUCGUUGAGGUCAAUACCCCAUCGCCCCAGGCUAAUAUAGCGUUUAGACGAAGAUUGCGCAAAAUAAAACAGGGCAUGAAGCGAUAUAACACACAAUUGACGCUGAUGCGCAGGGACUUGAAAACUUGCAAGACCAAAAUAUUCGAGCAGCAGAAGCAAAUUGUCGAGUAUGCUAAUCGCUUCGACGACAAUGACAAGAAAAAUGAAGAAACGUCACGAAAAUUCAGCACCCUACUACAGGUAUUUACUGAGGAAUUGAACAAAUGUAAAACGGAGUUGCAAUACUGGCGUUCAAAAUCGCCGGCGAUACCGGUUUGUGGUGGAUGCGGGCAAUCGAUGCCGGUGCCAGCCGACGAGCUCCAGGCUCUGGCGAGUCAAGGAGUUCUGUCAGAACCGUUCUGCGAGGCCUUGAAUUUCAUACCAAUCGCUGCAGAUCCAUCGAGUCCGAACGAAGCCCCGGACGCAACGAGCGUGACGCAACAGCCAGCGCCGAGACUGCCAAUGUUAAUGGCACCUCCGAAAGCUCCGGUAGCCUCGAUUUCGUCAAAACGAAAGGCACCCACCGACGAGUCACAGUUAUCAAGUGAAAUCGCGAAAAAGCCACGUCGCACUGCCAAAUCACGUCAGGCUAAGCGCUCAAAAAUGUAAAUCGAUUCUGAUUAUGGUACAAACAAACAAGCAACAAAAAUAUCUAUCAAACACCCAUUUCAAACAUAAGGUCGGACACCGUUCGAAUGGAGAGAAAAAACAUUCGCCAUUUUCUAAUUAUAUAAUGGAGACUAUUUUACAAAAAAAAAACGAAACAAAAAUCACAAUGACAAUUAGCGUCAAACAAUAAUUGUUUCAAUUGCGACAAUGCCAAUUUAACUGGACGAUAUUAAUGUGUUGAGAAAUAUUUGAUUUUUCAACUGCCAACCACAAUAUCGUAGCUUCAACAGUGUCGUGAUAACGAUUUUACUAUUAUUUUGUCGUAUCGUUUUUAUAUGCUUUUUUUCGCUCGUACGAUGUCCAAUCCCCGUGUUCAUUCAUAAUGAGUCAGAAAGACUUUUAUUUUGGAAACCAACAUCACCCGUUCAUCGAGAGAACCUCCCCUUUACAUUUUUUUUGCCAACGGUUAGUCGUACAACGGCUUAUAGUAAAGUACAAAAUUCUACAAUCGAUCGUUCCGACCCUGACGAUCGACUAAUCCCCUUUCGAUCAUAUGAAGAAAAAUAAACGGAAAGCCCGAGAGUUGCGGUUUUUUGCCGUUCGUCAUUUUAUGGAAACUAUGAAAAUUCAUACCCAAAUAUUCUAAAUAAGAGCCGAUCGCAAAGAACCGAAGGGUCUCAUUAUCAUCACCAUUAUUAAUAUUAUUAACAUUAAUAUUCUUAUUAUUCUUAAUAUUAUUAUAAUUAUUAUUUAAAAUAGAAAAAUCUCAUGUUUCGUGGGUUUUUGAAGAUCGAUAAUCGAAUUUAUCCAUCGUCUUCUUUACUGCAAUUUUUCAAUUCGUACGACACGAGCUCUGCGAACAAGUUUUUCGAUAAUCAUGGAAAUAAUUGUAAAAAAUUUUCAACAACGGAAUAAUAAAGUUUGAACACACAACAUUUUUUCGAUUAUCAGUCUUUGGGAAAGGAAACCCCGUGGUAGUUCAUGUGAAAAACUUACAGUCGUCUCGAUGCAAAAUGGCCACACAUAUUUCCCCGAUUAAGAAGCCCAAACAGACACGAAUAAUUGAAGAAAAAAAAUUAAGGUUGAGCGUAAACAAAAAAUGAAAUAAUCGGGAAAAAAGUGUUGGAACGUUCGCCUGUUGAAUCGUUCAAGUUUUUUCAAUAAAUAUCGACUAUACCAUGUUCUUUUGGAAUAUUACCCACUUAACGAAUAGCAAUUAUUGGAACGCGAGAUAGAGAUAUUUUUGGAUUCACGGUAUGAUUGAUCAAAAGCCUAAUCAAAUCGAUGAUCGCAAUCACAAUCAAAUUAAUGUUACGAACUUCCAAAAACAUGGAUUUUCACGUUGUUACCGAAAUAAUUUUUUUUACUUAUUUUGUUGAAGAUUCUAUUUGACGGAAUAAGGAUCAACGAAAUUGCGAUCCAAUAAAACAAUUCCGACGUUCAUUUUUAAGAGGGGAAAGAUAGUCGAAAUUUUCAACGUUCGAGUGGCAAGUAAUUUUCUUUUUUAGAAACGAUUGCCCAUGUUUAGUUAAUGUUAAAGAGUGUGGUUAAUAAAAUUGUGCAUUAUUAUUAUUAUCAUUCAUAAUUCUGAUGGUCAAUGUAUCGAAAAAACAGGAUUACGGAUUAUAAAUAAACUAUACUUUAAUACCAACAAAUAUUUAAGUACACGUGGGGAAAAACGCGACAGGAGGUCGAGGAGUGUCGUGUUGGACGUAAAGAUGGCGCCACGCAGCAUUUUAAUUCAAAACUUAUUCGAUCAAUAAGAUAUAUAACAAUAAAUAAUUAAAUAAUUACUUUAAAAGAAUAUAUUAUAUAUAAAUAUAUAUAUAUAUAUAUAUACGCUUACAUAGAUACAUAUACGGACAUCUUUAUAUGUAUCUAUAAAUACGAGUGAAUUAAAAGAGAAAGACAAAGGAAGAGAGCUGCUCUGUGUUUUAGUUCAUGUCCAUCGAGACGAUUGUAUUUUAUUCUAAAGCAAUGCUAAAUACGAAAAUUGGAGUAUUGUUUAAAAACAAAGUAGAAGCCACAAUGAGCUAAAAGUCAUUAUUCUGAAUCGUUCGAAUAAAUAUGUAUAAAUAUAUAUAAUUUUUUAAUCAAUGUCGAACAGGAAUUACUCAAAGAUGGGAGUUACUUUGCGAGAUAGUAGUGUGAAUGAACAAAAAAGAAAACGAGAAAAAAAAAUAACGAUUCAGUACAAGUGCGAAGAGUGUGAGAAAUAUAUUUCGGAAAAAAAGAAGGAAAAUACCAAAUGUCAAAACGACGAAAAAUUCAUCAAGAUGUGAUGCUUUAUCGAUUUAUUCGCGGAAAAGUGACCUUUAUUCAAAUAAUAUAUUCAUUAUGAUAACAUUCGAGUUUGAGGAAACGAAAUAGCAAAUAAUAGUGUUCAUUCAACACUUGAUAAAAUUUCGCGUAUUUCUCAGAUACGAAGCGUUAGAAACUUUCAAAUCGCUUGAAUCGUUGUCGCUGCACACACAAACAUACACACACUUUAGAAAUUGUGUUUUACGUGGAAUAAAAAGUGCUCGUGUCUCGAAACAAAUUUGAGCAGUUCUGUCUUGUUUUGUUUUGUGUAUUUUUCUUUUUUUCUUUUUUUAAUGCGGCGGUGAUCGACACUCGCACUCCAAACGUUGCUUGCUCAUAAGAGAGCUUAAAUGCUGAAUUCGAUAAACGGAAACCAGAGAAUAAUGUUGUGAUGGUAUUUGUCGUCACUUUCGAUUAUUUUUCUGUUUCAAUUACUGUGGAUAAAUAUAUUUGAGUUCCGAAAGACAAUUGAAAUGAAUUUUCUCCCACUUCUAAAUCAUACAAAAACGAUAUUUCGAAGAAUAUAAAAACAAUUCCAAAUUCUUAUACUAUUUGACAGUAAGUUAUGAUUUUUCCGGUGGAAGUGUAUAACGAAAAGCCAUAACGCGACCGUUGAUGGAUUAACAUAAAGAAAUCAAUUCAGUAAACUUUUAAUGCGAAUUUAUAAAAUUAUCAACGAAUUCACUGCCUACCUAUCUCUCGAGACAAAAGUUUAACGCGAUAUGAGUGGCAAGUUUUUUCAAGGGAAAAUAAAACUUUGGUAACUGUAUGACGAAUAUUGUUUCAUUCAUAUAAUAAGGAAUUUUUCUUUUUCGGCUAAAUCCGUCCCCAAAAAAAGAAGAAAAGAAACAAAAACAGACAAAAAGCAAAGAAGUAAUAAUAAUUGUAGUAUUUUGCACUGCAUACGGUAAUGUAACGCGUCCAGUGGUAACAUAUUAAAUGAUAUAAAAUCGAAUGUUUUAAAUUGAAUACGCAAUUAGCUGGUAGAUUGAAAGAUGUAUGAUUUUUCUUCAGCCAUGCGUUUAUCAUAGAUAUAUCUUGACAGAUUAAUACCGUUUUAUGAAGAAUUCAGUUUUGAGUCAAUAGAUCUUGCCGUUGCAAGAUGCGAAAUGACUUUGUAAGAGAAAAAAGUUAUUCGAUUGGUAAAAGCGAUUUAAAUAUGAUUAAACACUUUUCAUAUGGUUCCGUUGUUUCAGCGGUCAACGCAACUAAAAAUUAUUUUGCAUAAUCAAACGGAUGCUCUGUAACGUUGGGUAAAAAUGAAUAGAACUCAUUUGAAUACUUUAUGAAGGAAAAAAAAUGCAUAAUACACAUUCAGAAGAAAGUGUAAGCGAAAGCCAAUUGUAAGUUGAGAAUAUGAGAUAAAAAUAAGUGUUGAGCCCUACAUGGCUGAUCCGUUUUGCGAUAACGUAUUUAACAUUGUCUUUUUUCGUUUUAUGUGUAUUGAAACGAUUGUAAAUAUAUAUAUUAGAUACAUCGUACAAUAAACUUAAUUUAACAAACA